GACAUAUGUAGUCAACAUUGCAAAAUUCAUCAGAAUACCAUGUAUGGAGAAUGGCUGUUCACUGCUUUUCUUCUCGGUUUUGGACAAAUCAAUUGCCAUAGAAUAAACAAAGAGAAAUGUGUCAGAGACGUAGCAGACAAAGUUGCCAAUCUUAUCACCGAAACAAGGAGUGAAUGCACUUUGACCCCUCUAAAUGAUUUAGACUUCCAACCUUCUGAUUGUGGAGAUUUGAGGAAAGGAAAACACAAAAGUGGAGUCUAUAAAAUCUACCCUUCUAGAACUUCCGGUUUUCAAGUUUUUUGUGAUAUGAAGAGCUACGAAGGUGGUUGGACGGUCAUUCAGAAAAGGACAAAUGGUUAUGUUGGUUUCUACAGAGACUGGGAUGCUUAUAAGGAUGGAUUUGGAGAUCUUCAAACAGAUUUCUGGUUAGGGAAUGAAUACUUGAACAAACUGACCGAACAAGGAUAUUACAUACUGCGGAUAGACAUGUGGGACUUCGAAAGUAAUCACAAAUAUGCCAUCUACGACACAUUUGUCGUUAACAACGAGGAGUCAGGAUACACACUGGAGGUAGCUGGUUAUGCUGGAAAUGCAGGCGAUGCAUAAGCUCAUCAUAAUGGACAUAGAUUUUCUACGAGGGACAAAGAAUCAACUUCUAAUAAAUGUGCUGCGAAUUAUAAAGGAGGAUGGUGGUAUAAUGGUUGUCAUCAUGCCAAUCUUAAUGGAAGAUACCUAAAGGGAACACAUAAAACUUAUGCUGACGGUAUUAAUUGGCGUCAGUGGAAAGGAUACUACUACUCACUAAAGGCAACACGUAUGAUGAUACGGAGAGCCUAAACGAAGUUUAUUUUUAUGAACAAACAAUAUUCAAUAAAAAUAUAAACCAUUUAA